AUGAAGACUUUAGCUCUUUUCUGCACCUUCACGGCCAUGCACUGCCUCCUCGCCGCCUCCACCACCCCCUACAAGCCUUACUCCUACGUCGUCCACUACUCCAAGACGUUUAUAGACAAGAGGACCGCCUACGACAAGCCACCCAGCAACACCCACGCCCACGGGAAGCCACCCAGUCAUACCUACGCCCACGGAAAGCCACUCAGCCACAUUCUCACCCACGCCAAGCCAUCCAGCCAUACCCAUACCCACUCCAAGCCACCCAGCCACACCCACGCCCACGGCAAGCCACCCACGCAUACCCACGCCCACGCCAAGCCACCCACGCAUACCCACGCUCACGCCAAGCCACCCACCACCCAGCCACACCCACGCCGACUCCAAGCCUCCCAUGCCUACCCACGCCUCGCCCCGCCCCCACGCCUGCCCAUACUGGUGGAGGAGGUUCGCAAGACGGUCGAAAUCUACAUCCAGGAAGGUUACGAUCGCGGAGGCUACGAUCACCGACACUACGAGAGGCUGAACAAGAAGUGGAGUGAUUACGAGGAACGAGACUACGACAGUGACGAGGACGAGGAGGGAAAGGAAGAUGGGGGCACGCAACCCAACCACAGCCACGCCCACGCCCACUCCCCCAGCCUGUCAUGUUAG